AUGCAGCGGCUCCGGUUGAACGAGGCUCAUGCCGUGUACCUGGGGCAGCUAGCGAGGAAGGACGGGACGCGGAGGGGGACCCUCAGCAAGCGCAGCUCGGAUAACAGCCGCUGGCAGAACCGGAGCUUCUCGCUGCUGCACAACCUGCUCUUCUGCUUCGAGAGCGAAUCCAGCGGCCGCCCGUGUGCCCUGUACCUGCUGGAGGGCUGCAGCUGCGAGCGGGGGGCCAAGGGGGGCCCGGACCGACAGUAUUGUUUCAUCAUCAACUUUAAUCACGAGAAUCAGAAGCCCUUGGAGCUGCGCACGGAGGAUUCCAAUGACUGUGAAGAAUGGGUCAGUGCUAUCACUCGAGCAAGCUACAAGACUCUGGUGACUGAGCAUGAAGCUUUGAUGCAGAAGUACUUACAUUUACUGCAGAUUGUGGAAACUGAGAAGAAGGUUGCGAAACAAUUGAGACAACAGAUAGAAGACGGAGAGGUGGAGGUCGAACGCCUCAAAUCCGAGAUUGCUUCAUUACUGAAGGACAAUGAGCGGAUUCAGUCCACCCCAAGCUCUGCAUCAACUGAGGACACUGAUAUCAAGAAAAUAAAGAAGGUGCAGAGCUUCUUACGCGGAUGGCUGUGUCGGCGGAAGUGGAAGAGCAUUAUCCAGGAUUACUCUAGAUCUCCGCAUGCAGACAGCAUGCGCAAGAGAAACCAGGUGGUGUUCAGCAUGCUGGAGGCAGAGGCCGAGUAUGUGCAGCAACUGCAUAUCCUGGUCAACAACUUCCUGCGUCCUCUACGGAUGGCGGCCAGUUCAAAGAAGCCUCCAAUCACCCAUGAUGAUGUCAGCAGCAUUUUUCUCAACAGUGAAACCAUCAUGUUUUUGCACCAGAUCUUUUAUCAGGGUCUGAAGGCAAGAAUCUCCAGCUGGCCCACACUGGUGUUGGCGGAUCUCUUUGACAUUCUUUUGCCAAUGCUAAACAUUUACCAAGAAUUUGUGCGGAACCAUCAGUACAGUCUGCAGAUCCUGGCUCACUGCAAGCAGAACCGAGACUUUGACAAACUACUGAAACAAUAUGAGGCCAAGCCAGACUGUGAGGAGCGGACUCUGGAAACCUUUCUCACCUACCCAAUGUUUCAGAUCCCACGUUACAUCCUCACAUUACAUGAAUUACUGGCCCAUACACCACAUGAGCACGUAGAGCGCAACAGUCUGGAGUACGCCAAAUCCAAACUGGAAGAGCUGUCAAGGAUAAUGCAUGACGAAGUCAGUGAAACAGAAAAUAUCCGGAAGAAUUUGGCCAUUGAGAGGAUGAUUGUUGAGGGCUGUGAAAUAUUGCUGGAUACCAGUCAGACAUUUGUACGUCAAGGUUGCCUGAUUCAAGUGCCGAUGUCAGAGAAAAGUAGGAUGACACGUGGGCGGCUUGGGUCCCUGUCUCUGAAGAAGGAAGGAGAGCGUCAGUGUUUCUUAUUCUCCAAACAUCUUCUAAUCUGUACACGGAGCUCUGGAGGGAAGCUGCACCUCACAAAGAACGGGGUGAUCUCAUUGAUGGAUUGCACAUUACUAGAAGAUCAAGAUGAUGAUGACAACAGACCUCCCACACAAGAUGGGGAUCACUUGGACUUUAAGAUCUCAGUGGAACCCAAAGAUUCUGCACCAUUUGUUGUCAUUCUGCUGGCAUCUUCCAGGCAGGAGAAAGCAGCAUGGACCAGUGACAUCAGCCAGUGUGUGGAUAACAUUCGCUGUAAUGGACUGAUGAUGAAUGCCUUUGAGGAGAAUUCCAAGGUCACUGUUCCCCAGAUGAUCAAGUCAGACAGCAGCCUGUACUGUGAUGACAUCGACAUUCGAUUCAGUAAAACAAUGAACUCAUGCAAGGUUCUUCAGAUACGCUAUGCCAGUGUUGAGCGCUUACUGGAGCGUCUCACGGACCUGCGCUUCUUAAGCAUUGAUUUCCUCAACACUUUCCUGCACUCUUACCGGGUCUUCACUACUGCAGAUAUUGUUCUGGACAAGCUUAUAGCUAUCUACAGGAAACCGGUCAGCGCCAUUCCUGCCAGAUCGUUAGAGCUACUGUUUGCAAGUAAUCAGAAUAAUAAACUUCUGUAUGGUGAGCCUCCAAAAUCUCCUAGAGCUACUCGCAAGUUCUCAUCCCCACCACCCCUCUCCAUCACCAAGUCAUCAUCCCCAAGUCGUAGACGCAAAUUGUCGCUUAAUAUUCCUAUAAUUACUGGUGGAAAAGCAUUGGACCUGGCCGCCUUGAGCUGCUCUUCCAAUGGAUAUUCAAGUGCCUGUCCUGCUCCUCCUCCAUACAGCAAGACGAGCCUGGACAUCAACAAACUCUAUGUAUCUGGAAGUUUCCCAAGCAAGGUGGGAGAAGGAGAAGAGCCACCCGCAGAGAGGGAUGAAGAGCCAGUUGCACCACGCCAAAAUAAAGACUCUGAGGCUUGUCGAGCUGAAUCAGACACUGAACAGACACAGAGUGAUGAGGCAGAGACUGACACGUCUCCAACCCGCUCACCAACCACACCAAUUUCUCAACGUGGCCGGAACUCUGCAGACUUUACACUCUUCUCAUAUAAUAAUGGCAUGGUGAUGACUUCUUGCCGAGAACAUGACAGCAAUCGCAGCAAUCUAUCAGCAGCCUCUGCUUUUGCCAUAGCAACGGCUGGGGCUAAUGAGGGUACUCCAACCAAGGAAACAUACAGACGUAUGUCUUUAGCCACAGCGGGAUUUCCUUCAGAUCAGAGGAACGGAGACAAAGAAUUUGUAAUCAGAAGGGCAGCAACAAACCGGGUACUCAAUGUCUUGAGACACUGGGUUUCCAAACAUGCCCAGGAUUUUGAGACAAACCUGCAACUAAAGAGCAAAGUCAUUAGCUUCCUGGAGGAGGUGAUCCAUAACCCAGAGCUGCUUGCUCAGGAGAGGAAGGCUGCGGCCAAUAUUAUUCGCACAUUAACACAGGAGGAUCCUGGAGAUAGUCAGGUCACACUGGAAGAGAUUGAACACAUGGUGUUGAGCACUCCUGUGGAGCCAUUCGAGUCCCUCUCUGCUCUGGAGACUGCAGAACAACUAACGUUACUAGAUCAUCUGAUCUUCAAGAAGAUUCCAUAUGAAGAGUUUUUUGGCCAGGGCUGGAUGAAAGCCGACAAGAAUGAGAGGACGCCCUAUAUCAUGGGCACAAGCAAACACUUCAACCAUAUGAGUAAUCUGAUUGCCACGGAGAUCCUUCGGAGUGAAGAGCCAGCCGUGCGAGGAUGUACCAUUGAGAAGUGGGUGGCAGUGGCUGAUAUUUGUCGGUGUCUGCACAAUUACAAUGCUGUUCUGGAGAUUACAUCAUCACUGAAUCGCAGUGCUAUAUUCCGGCUCAAGAGGACCUGGAUCAAAGUGUCUAAACAGACAAAGACCUUAAUUGACCGGCUUCAGAAGUUGGUUUCUUCAGAAGGGCGAUUUAAGAAUCUGAGAGAGGCCUUGAAGAACUGUGACCCUCCAUGUGUGCCAUACCUGGGGAUGUACCUGACUGAUUUGGCGUUUAUAGAGGAAGGAACACCCAAUUACACAGAGGACGGCCUGGUCAAUUUCUCAAAGAUGAGGAUGAUUUCACAUAUAAUUCGGGAGAUAAGGCAGUUUCAGCAGACGUCCUACAAGAUAGAACAUCAGCCUAAGGUCACACAGUACCUCUUGGACACCACAGGAGUGCUGGAUGAAGAGGGUCUUUAUGAAGCUUCUCUCCGCCUGGAGCCCAAGCUCCCCACUUGAAAAUAUUGCUGCUUUUUAUCUGCCUGUAUCAUAUUGUACAGACCCCCCACGCCUCUCGCCAGAUCCUUUUAUGCAGGGGUCACCAUGCAGGGGCAGAGAUGUCUGUGUCUCCAUCCAUCCCAAACACCCAGCUGCUCCUAAUGGAGGCCCCACAAUGCCCUCACUCCCAGUGUUCCCCAAAGACACCCGUAGAAAGCGUGACCAGGGUGGAGUCUGAGAUACCUCUCACUAGGAGCACUGGCCCAGUGUCCCAUGUGUUGUGCUGGCAAUGACUGAAGAGUUGCUGCUGCCUCCUGUUGACUGUAAAUUUAGAAAUUAAGCAACACGUCAAUGUGCAGCAUCUCACCACCAAACCAGCGGUCACCACCUCCACCACCGUGCUUGAAUGAAGGGGUUCAUGGCUAUGUGUGUCUUUCAGAGGGAGUUUACAAUAGUGAACUAUAGAGGUUCAUGUAUAAUACUCCAUCACGAAGAAAGGAAAAGCGAUACUAUCCUUCAGCAGGAGAAGAGGGCACAUUCAUAAUAGCAAUGUGAGCUCAGCUCUACAGUACAGAACCAGCUCAAUGAAAUGACCAGUCUCUUAUGCCUCAGAAUGGCACGGCACCCGUCCAGCAGUUUGCUACGGUUUUGCAAAUUCUGGGCUCUACUCCAGCUUUGUCUUGUUGACUUUGAGCAGUAGUAUGUGUCCAUGGCUGCAACAGAGAGCAAAAAUUGCACAAAUUAUCUAGAUAAGAAGUAUCCCGGCCUGCAGCUUAAUAGCUGCUGUGGUGGGCUGGUCCUAUGGCUGCUAUAAUGCUGAGUAUUCCAGUGCUUUACUAUCAGAGCGUCAUAGGAAGGUAGGGAGCUA